ACAUGUUUGUCUGCAGGUGGUCCUGUGGGGUGUGUUCAGGGUAAUGGCGACUGUGACUGAGGCCCUGAAGGCGGUGAGCCUGUUUGUUGCAGAGCUCAUCAGCUCCUUCACAGACUGGUUCCAGACCAAGCCAGCAUGGGCAAACCUGGAAGUGCUGGGGGAGACAGAACUGAGGACCACUGGAGGAGUCCAUGAGCGACACAAAGCCAAAACUCUGUGGGAGAAGACAGGCGCUGUGGUCAUGGUUGUACGACGACCUGGAUGAUUAUUGUGCAGAGAGGAGGCUGCUGAGCUGUCCUCUCUGAAGUCCCAGCUGCUGGACCUUGAAGUCCCUCUGUUUGCUGUAAUGAAAGAAAACAUUGGUAAAGAGCUGGACUGCUUCAAGAAGUACUUCUCUGGGAAGGUUUACCUGGAUCAGAAGAGAAAUUUCUACGGCCCUCAACUGAGGUGGAUGUGUUUCUCCAUGUUCCUGCGUAUUGGGGUGUGGAGGAACAUCUGGCGGGCCUUCAGAAGGGGCUUCAGGGGAAACAUCAAAGGUGAAGGACUCAUCCUGGGUGGAGUCUUUGUCAUUGGGCCAGGAGAUCAGGGUAUUCUGCUGGAGCACCGUGAAAAGGAGUUUGGAGAUAAAGUAAAUAUGCUUGCUGUACUCAGAACUGCCCGCAACAUGAAGGAAACCCUGGCAAGAUAGACCUCACUGUGUAUGAAUGGACUGUUUGUUAAUCUGGUGUUAUGUAAUAGUGGCUGCAGCAUGUUUCUGUUUUCACGUCUGGAUAUUUCAGCCUUACCCAGAAAUGUUCUCCACACAAUAGAAUAGCCUCCAACAUACUGUUAUCACUUCAUAUUACAUUUUUUCCACGUCUUUCUGGCUGCAUUCCUUUUCCCCCCCAAGUAUCUUAUGCCAAGCCACAACUGUGGUUUAAAAUGUGCCACUUAAACUGUUCAUCGACCAACCGUCUACAUCUCUGCUCUUGAUUCUGUGAGGGUUUUGUGUGUACUGAUGACGACUUGUUCCUAAACUCUACGGAGAGGACAUCUCUGAUGCUAGCACACAAACUCAGCACUUUAAACAGGGCAGUCUUGGCCUGACGUGAGGGAGAUUCAAGAUUCAAGAUUCAAGAAAGCUUUAUUGCCAAGUGAGCUCGCACACACAAGGAAUUUCACGUGGUGAA